AAGGCACACACAAGUAAUUAAUAAGCACUUGAUCUCAUUUGUUGCAGAAACUUCUCUAGAAAAUGGCCAAGUUAGCAGAAGAGGAGCAUCCUGUUAAGGCAUUUGGCUGGGCUGCCAGAGACCCAUCUGGUCAUCUCUCACCUUUUAACUUCUCCAGAAGAGAAACUGGUGAAGAGGAUGUGAAGUUUAAGGUGUUAUAUUGUGGGAUAUGUCAUUCAGACCUUCAUUUUAUCAAGAACGAUUUUGGCUUCUCUGCCUCUGCCUAUCCAAUUGUUCCAGGGCAUGAAAUUGUUGGGGAAGUGACGGAGGUAGGAAGCAAGGUGACGAAGUUUAAGGUCGGAGAUAAGGUGGGAAUGGGAGGCAUUGCUGGUGGAUGUGGCUCCUGUGAUAACUGUGUCAAUGACUGUACAGUGUACUGUCCUAAAUUAAUACUCACCUAUAAUGGCAUUGACCAUGAUGGAACACGUACAUAUGGAGGAUACUCCGAUUUCAUGGUUGCCAAUGAAAAUUUUAUUGUUCGGGUUCCUGAUAACAUCGCUCUUGAUGGUGCUGCUCCAUUGCUCUGCGCUGGAAUCACAGUUUGGAGUCCAUUGAAAUAUUUUGGUCUUGGGGAACCUGGCAAGCACGUCGGCAUUGUUGGACUCGGAGGUCUUGGUCAUGUUGGCGUUAGACUUGCCAAGGCUUUGGGGUCCAAGGUGACUGUAAUAAGCACAUCUCCCAGCAAGAAGAAUGAAGCUCUGGCGCAUCUUGGUGCUGACUCAUUUUUAGUUAGCAGUGACCAGGACGAAAUGAGGGCUGCCAUGGGAACUUUGGAUGGAGUCAUAGACACAGUCUCUGCAGUUCAUCCCAUUUCACCACUGAUUGAUCUAUUGAAGACUAAUGGAAAACUUGUUAUUGUGGGUGCACCUUCAAAGCCACUCGAGCUACCUGUCUUACCUCUGCUCCUCGGAAGGAAAGUAGUGGCUGGAAGUGGUGGAGGAGGUAUAAAGGAGACGCAAGAGAUGAUAGAUUUUGCAGCAAAACACAGCAUUACAGCAGAUAUUGAGCUUAUCACCAUGGAUUAUGUGAACACCGCUAUGGAGCGACUGGCAAAGGGUGAUGUUAGAUACCGAUUUGUCAUUGACAUUGCAAAUACCUUGCCCGCCACCAAGCCUUGAAUCCCCUUUGACAUCUCCUGCAGCAUUAUAUUGAGCAUUUUUAUUUCCCUUAUGUAAUACUCCAUUUGGCAUCUCAUGCAUCAUUUUACUGAGUGUUUGAAUUUCAAUUCUGGCUGAAAGAGAGAUCUCUCUAUUUACUGAAUAAAAGCAUUGAUAUUAU